UUCUACUAGCUUUCUACUUUUUUACACUUUAAGCAAAAAACGCCACACCAAACAGUUUUUCUCAUUAGCCAUUAGUUGCCUAAAUAAAGUGAAUUUACAUACUCUGUCCUUCCCCUCGUCUUUUUCUUUCUUAUCGCUUCGCCUUUUCUUUAUUCACUCCGCCUUUCGUUUAUCCUUUCACUUUUCCCUACAAUGUCAGUUCCCUCAGUCCUCAGUUUAUUUAUGCACUUCAUCGCUGCGCGGCUUUAAUGUAAACCAUUUUAAUCUUAUUCACCCUUUCGCUUUUCUUCUCAGCUCAUAGUACCAGCCCCUUUUCCUGUUGAUGAUAACCUGUCAUCUUUCCUUUUUUGUUCCAUCUUCAUUCCUUCAACUGACCAUGACAUCCUUUACCCCCUUGUUCUUCGUAUGCCAUGCCCCUUCCAUGUUUCUACUCCUUUCUCCUCUCCCUUCGGCUCCUCCUUCCCUUCUCAUUUUGCCUGUAUUUCCAGCGCUGUCCAGGGCUCGGUGCUGUUGUCUCUCUCACCAUCUGAUUGAGCCCAGGCUGUGCGGGGGCUCCCUGCGGGAUCAGAGCGCUCCCCCGCCGGGACUCCACUCCUCACAUCCCCCUGCUGGGACUCCGCUCCAUCCCCAGCCCAGCCUGGCUUUAUUAUGUGUGUCUGCAGUGCAGCCCCAACAGCAGCAGCGAGAGCAGGAGGGGAGAGAGCCGGGACAAAGAGCAGCCAGUCGGCCAGGCGGCAUGAGAUAGGGAACUGGGGCGGCUGCGGCGUCUUCUCCGCGGCGCAUGGGGGCAGCUAGCGGCGCCGGAGUACGGGACAUACAGACAGCUGCUGCACCGGGGACCGGACGAAGGGACACGUAGCUCUUAGCUCGCAUGUGGCAGGGUACCUGAUUAGAGCAGGGAUAAUACCCAGAGAAAAAGGGGCAGUGAAAGUAUAAAUCCUGGUCAAGGCUAGAGAGGACUGAGACAGUGAUAGGAGAGGUCAGAAAUAGCCCUGAAGAGAAGGGAGGGAGGGGAUAGGGUACAUCAAACAGAAGGAAAAGCAGGCAAAUAUCACACGAAUCGGUAAUACCCAGCAGGUGAAGGCAGUGGGACACCGCGGAAACAUGCUACUAUAAGUCGAGAUUUGAUUUUUUUCCCCACAGAAGCUACCCCAUAGCUACCAUACAGGAAAACAGAUGCAGAAGGGUGCAUUCCUCCAGUUAGGGGCAACAAUCAUUCUACCACCCGCCAGAGAGAAAACAAGAUCUUAGUGUGGGGAGAAAAUUACUUUGUACGAGCAGAGCCAAAUACCGUUUUAAUCAAAGGGAGGGAGAGCAGCAUUGGGUCACCAGUCGCUGGAUACCCAGAAUAGCGGCACAGUGAUAUUCUUAGUGCCGUAUUAGGAUAGGGAGCUCUAGUAGUGGAAGCGCAGUACACGUGAGCAUCAUACCAUUAAAAUAUUCUCGCUAGGGCCUGAAGUGCAGCGGACACCGUGUUUUUUCUUUAUGGGAUUGGUGCUUUCGAAUUAAAUCUAUUAUCGCCGACACAAAAAUAGAAGGGAAAAGUGCAGAUAUAGGCCCCCUUAUCCCAAGCUACAGAGGAAGGUACCACUUAACUAGUCUAGAGCCCAGCUAACUAACUAUUAAAGUGACUAUUUUAAUUACACCUUCCAAGCUACAUAAUUUAUCCAUAUUUUCUUUCUGCCGUAUACUUUAUCCCUUUGCUGUGUGACUACCCUAGGGCUUGGGUGGGGGGGUAUUGGUGCUCCUCCCUCCUCCUCCUCCCCCACCACCUCUGCACCCAAGGGAGCCAGAAUCCCACACAAUAGGAACUUUAACACAAUAAGUGAGAGAGGGGGGAGAGUUCGCCAAAGGGAUCUUGCCGCAGGUACUGGAGAGGGGAGACUGCACUGCAAACCACAUAAGCAACACACUUAUUAGCUAAUUGGGUGUUUUUUUAUUGGGGUUAGUUUUGAGGUACAGUGGAGAUGUCCAGGAGGAAACAGGCCAAGCCACGCUCGGUGAAAGUGGAAGAUGCAGAAGACUUUGGCCUAAAUUGGGAAUCCACAGUCAACCAGACAGGGGGUCUGGAUAGAGAGACAGAUGGAGAGGGUCAAACUUUGGAAGAUGGCAACAGCAUGACCAGCCAGGAAGAGAGAAUUGAGGAAGAGGAGCUGGAAGAUGAAUCAAUUUACACUUGCGAUAACUGCCAGCAGGAUUUUGAUUCCUUGGCCGAAUUGACGGAGCAUCGGACCCAGCAUUGCCUAGGAGAUGGUGAUGACGACCCACAAUUCUCCUGGGUGCCUUCAUCUCCCUCCAGCAAAGACGUUGCUUCACCUACUCCGAUAAUAGGGGAUGGAUGUGAUCUCGGCAUAGGAGAGGAAGAAGGGGGAUCUGGGUUGCCAUAUCCAUGCCAGUUUUGUGACAAGUCUUUUAGUCGCCUGAGCUACCUGAAAAGACACGAGCAAAUCCACAGUGACAAGUUACCUUUUAAGUGUACCUAUUGCAGUCGCCUUUUUAAACACAAGAGAAGUAGGGACCGCCACAUUAAACUCCACACAGGAGAUAAAAAGUAUCAUUGUCAUGAAUGUGAGGCAGCCUUCUCCCGCAGUGACCACCUGAAAAUUCACUUAAAAACACACAGUUCUAGCAAGCCGUUUAAAUGCACAGUGUGUAAGCGUGGAUUCUCCUCAACUAGCUCACUGCAGAGUCACAUGCAGGCUCAUAGAAAAAACAAGGAAUAUAUGACAAAAUCAGACAAAGAGAUGAAAAAGGACGACUUCAUGUGUGAUUACUGUGAAGAGACAUUUAGCCAGACUGAAGAGCUAGAGAAGCAUGUGAUGACACGCCAUCCACAGCUCUCAGAAAAGGCAGAUCUGCAGUGUAUUCAUUGCCCUGAAGUAUUUGCAGAUGAAAGCUCUUUGCUUACUCAUAUUGACCAAGUCCAUGCAAACAAAAAACAUAAGUGCCCUAUGUGCCCAGAGCAGUUUUCUUCAGUAGAAGAAGUUUAUUGUCAUCUUGAUAGCCACAGACAGCCUGACUCAAGUAACCACAGCAUUAGUCCUGAUCCAGUUCUAGGUAGUGUGGCGUCAAUGAGCAGUGCAACCCCUGAUUCAAGUGCUUCAUUGGAACGAGCUUCCACUCCAGAUUCUACUCUCAAGCCUAUAAGAGGACAUAAACAAACAGGGUCUUUGGAAAGAGAAGAAGGACAGAACUGGCCUAAAAUUGCCUACAGCUGCCCUUACUGUUCAAAACGAGACUUUAACAGUUUGGCAGUUCUUGAAAUUCAUUUGAAAACAAUCCAUGUGGAUAAACCUCAGCAAAACCAUACAUGUCAGAUAUGUCUGGAUUCCUUGCCUACUUUGUAUAACCUAAAUGAGCAUGUCAGAAAGGUACAUAAGAACCAUGCAUACCCAAUGGUGCAGUUUAGCAACAUAACCGCAUUUCACUGUAACUAUUGCCCAGAGAUGUUUGCUGACAUAAACAGCCUCCAGGAGCAUAUAAGAAUUACACAUUGUGGCCCAAAUGCAACACCACAGGAAGGCAAUAAUGCUUUCUUUUGUAACCAGUGUUCUAUGGGAUUUCUUACAGAGUCUUCCUUGACUGAGCAUAUUCAACAAACACAUUGCAAUGUAGGAAGCUCAAAACUGGAGUCCCCUGUCAUCCAGCCAACACAGUCUUUCAUGGAAGUUUAUUCAUGCCCUUACUGUACAAACUCCCCCAUAUUUGGCUCCAUACUAAAGCUUACAAAACACAUUAAAGAAAACCACAAGAACAUUCCAUUGGCAAAUCAUAAGAAGUCAAAAUCUGAACAAAGUCCAGUCUCCUCAGAUGUUGAAGUUUCUUCUCCAAAAAGGCAAAGGUUGUGUGCCAGUCUUAACUCUGUGUCCAAUGGAGAGUAUCCAUGUAAUCAGUGUGAUCUAAAAUUCUCCAAUUUUGAUACAUUUCAGACACAUUUAAAGUCUCAUUUGGAACUGCUCUUAAGAAAACAGUCCUGCCCUCAGUGUAAAGAGGACUUUGAUUCUCAGGAGUCUCUCUUACAACAUCUUACUAUACACUACAUGACAACAUCAACACACUAUGUGUGUGAAAGCUGUGACAAACAGUUUUCUUCAGUGGAUGAUCUGCAAAAGCAUUUACUAGACAUGCAUACUUUUGUGUUAUAUCAUUGCACACUCUGCCAAGAAGUCUUUGAUUCCAAGGUUUCCAUCCAAGUGCAUCUGGCAGUAAAACACAGCAAUGAGAAGAAAAUGUAUCGUUGUACAGCAUGUAACUGGGAUUUCAGAAGAGAGGUAGACUUACAGCUUCAUGUAAAGCAUAGCCACUUGGGAAACCCAAGCAAAUCACACAAGUGCAUCUUCUGUGGGGAAACGUUCAGCACAGAAGUAGAGCUUCAGUGCCACAUAACAACUCACAGUAAGAAAUACAAUUGCAAGUUUUGUAGCAAAGCUUUCCAUGCUAUUAUUUUACUGGAGAAACACCUGCGCGAGAAGCACUGUGUCUUUGACACUAAUAAUCAAAAUGGUACAGCCAAUGGAAUGGUGCCUUCAAAUAAAAAGUCAGAGUCUGUGGAAGCACAGAGUGGGCUGAUGAAAAAUCCAGAUGUUACUAACAGUCAUGAUGCCAGCGAAGAUGAUGUAGAAGCUUCUGAGCCUAUGUAUGGUUGCGAUAUCUGUGGAGCAGCCUAUACAAUGGAAGUUCUACUGCAAAACCAUCGCUUAAGAGACCAUAAUAUCAGGCCAGGGGAAGAUGAUGGUUCAAGGAAGAAAGCAGAAUUCAUCAAGGGUACUCACAAAUGCAACAUCUGCUCAAGAACAUUUUUCUCAGAAAAUGGGCUCAGAGAACACAUGCAAACACACAGAGGUCCUGCAAAGCAUUAUAUGUGUCCCAUUUGCGGGGAACGGUUUCCCUCCCUUUUAACGCUAACUGAGCACAAAGUUACUCACAGCAAAAGCUUGGACACAGGGACAUGUAGGAUCUGCAAAAUGCCUCUUCAAAGUGAAGAAGAAUUUAUUGAGCACUGUCAGAUGCAUCCAGACCUUAGAAAUUCCCUUACUGGAUUUCGCUGUGUUGUGUGUAUGCAGACUGUUACUUCCACUUUGGAGCUUAAAAUUCAUGGUACAUUCCAUAUGCAGAAACUGGCUGGGAAUUCUGCUGCCUCCUCUCCUAAUGGUCAGACUUUGCAGAAGAUGUAUAAAUGUGCUAUUUGCUUAAAAGAGUUUAGGAACAAGCAGGAUCUGGUAAAGCUAGAUGUCAAUGGUUUGCCAUAUGGCCUGUGUGCUGGGUGCUUGAGUAGAUCCACCAAUGGACAACCAUCAAACCCUACACCACAAGAAGCUUGUGAUCGUCUGUGUACUAGUCUAAGGUGCUCUGAGUGUAGUGUCAAAUUUGAAAGUACAGAAGACCUGGAAACUCAUAUUCAGAUUGAUCACAGAGACCUGGCACAUGAUGGUAGUGGACAAAGAAAAGUUGCUCAGUCCUCUCCAGUCCCUAGAAAGAAGACCUACCAGUGCAUCAAAUGCCAGAUGACCUUUGAGAAUGAGAGAGAAAUUCAGAUACAUGUUGCCAACCACAUGAUUGCUGAAAUCCCCAGAAGAACAAAAGGUUUAGCUGAAGCUAUGAAGCAUGUAUAUAUUCACCAGCUUCUGGCAUUCAGAUAGGAGAGAGUAAGAGGAGAGAAAAGGAGGAGGGGUGAGUAGAGAAAUCAAAGUGCCCCAUUGUAGAUGUUAAUAUGAAGCAAAAUGCACACAGCUAGACAUUAAACCUUAGCAGAAUUUAGGCAUUGUGCUAUAGGAUACUAUGGUUAGGCUUAAGUUGGGCUUCAUGGCACAAAUUAAUUAGGAUUGCCAGCUCUUUAGAAAAUGUUUAUUUAAUGUUAGAACAUACAACAGUUUCUCUAUACAUUUGUUUAAAGGAAUCGUUAGAGAUUCUGUCAUGGGGAAGCAUUUUUUUUACAAAAUGCAUCAUUUAAUAGUGCGCCUCCAGCCGAAUCCUUCAGGAAAUCCAUUUUUUAAAAGAGCAAACAUAUAUUUUUAUAUUUGAUUUUGAAAUCUGUCACGGGGCUAAACAUGUUCUUAGUCUUUACUGCUGCACUGCAAAUUGGCGUGUUACAACCCCCUUUCCACCCCACCCCCCCAGCAGCCCAUCAUCAGAACAAUGGGAAGGCAACCAGAUAACAGCUCCAUGACACCUGCUUUGCCAAUAAUGUUGCCAUGCCUAGUGGUAGAUGUGAGAGCAACACUCCAUAGUAAAAAUCCAAGUCUGGCUAACCCAAGUCAUGACCCCUUCAGUUACAUUACAUUAAGUUGGAGAAAUAGCUUAUCUGAAAAUAGUUCUAAUGUGAAGUGCUGGCUCUUUCUGAAAUCACAUGACCAGGUACAAUGACCAGGUACAAUGCCUACACACCGAUCUAAAUCAAAAUUUCAAGCAUGCAGCUUUCUAAAGAAAUCGACUAAAGAGCUAUACAGUGCUAUCUUGGAAAUUAUACUCUAUAAAUAUAAAUUUUUGCUAAGCACCUUUCGAACAACUUUAUAAAUAGUUUGGGAUUAUUACUGGGUAUAACAUGACAAUAAAAUAAAGUGUGGCAUGGCAUGGAGAAUAUGGACACUCUGACCUCUAUGCAUCAAGACUACCUCAACCCUAUAAUUAUGCAUGGCUUUUAUGUCAGUGAAUCAGUGGGCAACCUUGGAUCACAGUUUUUUUGUUUGUUUUAUACUGUGGAUCUAUAUAUUUUUCUGUAUGUAGAGUGACAACAUCUCCUGGAAGAAAUAUGUUUGAAUACUGUGCUAUGGAGGGAACAGCCCUGCAGUGAGGCAGUUGUGAUAUUAGAACAGAUCUCCUAAGAGAUCCCCUGGCUCCUGUGUACUCAGCGGAGUGGCACAAUCCCAGACAGCUGGUCUCUCAGCAUGGGUUGUGCAUGCAGCAAGAAAGUUGGCACACUGGCGAAGAACAGGUAAUGCUCUAAUUUCCUCUGUGCAGAUGCGGCCAGGAAUAUCUUUAUUGGUGUUCUGGCAUUCAAGAGGGAGUCUUGAAUAACUAUUAAGACACACACAUACAAACACACACACACUCUCUCUCACUCUCACACACUCUCACAUACACUCUCACACACACACUCUCUCACACACUCGUCACUACCAGUCAUGGCAGAUGAAUCUUGGCUCAUGACCUACAAUCAUGUUGAUAUUAUUUGCUGUUAGUAGAAAUGGCUAAUUGCUAAAGAUUUUACUGCAUAUUUAAUGAGAGAGCUAGAGUCUGAAGGGCAGCGCACCCCACCUCCCCCAAAAAAGGCAAAAAAGCUACUGCAAAAAGUAAUAUCAGCAUGAAGGACAUGGAGCACUCAUGGGACUUAAUUUAUGUGCAAAAAUGUAAAGGUGUGACACCGUUUUGGACCUACAAAGAGGACCUUCAUCAAGAUAUCACAUUAUCUCAUCACUUGGACAUUCUACUUUGCUGCACUUGAAAUGCACUCCUUUGACAUACACAUUGUUGCUUCACCAACCAAAAUCUGCUUUUGAUUAUCGGUUUAAUGACCUAAACAUAAUGAUAUAUAUAUACACACACACACUGAGGGCCUGUGCCUA